AUGGAUGACGAGAUGCGGCGCGCAGUGGUGGCAUCCAUGCGGGAGCAGCAGCAGGAGCCGGAGGAGCAGCAGCAGCAGCAGCAGCAAGGCCCACCCCCCGGGGCGCGGACCGCCGACGUGAUCGAGAUCCCUGACGACGACGACUACGAGGACCCCGAGGGGGCGGCAGGGGGCGGCGAUGAGGAGGGCGAUGACGAGGACGCGGCGCUCAGGAGCCUGGCGCGGCGCAGGGCGGCGGCGGUGGAGGCGCAGCGGGAGGCCACCAGGCGGCGGGAGGAGGAGGAGCUGGAGCUGGCUGAGAGGGCGUUGCUGGGAGCAGGCAUCCCGCCAGACCUCGCCGUCGCGGGCCGCUCCGCCAUCAGGCGCGCGGCCGGUGGUCCCAGCGGCAGCGGCGACGCGUUUGGCGCCUUUGGCGGCAUCCCUUUGGGCGGGGGCCCCUGCGGCGGCCGCUUUGGACCCGAGCCCAGCGGCGUGGCGGGCGCGGCGCUGGGAGAGGGGUCGUGGGCGGCCGCCGUUGGUGGGCAGGGGGACGGGGUUGACGCGAGUUUCGACGUGCCGGACGGUAUCGACAUGGAGGAGGCGCGCAUGCUUGAGGCCGCCAUGCUGGGCGUGCCCUACACUGGCCGCAUCCCCAGCGCGCGCGCGGGCCCCGCAGCACCCGUGGACCCGGAGGCGGCCGCGCAGCGCGCCCUCAGGGCAGAGCAGGACGAGCUGUUUGAGGAGUCGCUGGCGGCAGACAGGGCCAAGCAGGAGUCCCUGCGCGAGGCGCAGCGGCAGGAGGAGGACGCGGCCGCAGCGGCGGCGGCGGCAGAGGCUGCCGAGGCGGCGCGCCUGGAGGACGCGGCGCAGCGGCUGCGGCAGCUGCUGGCCUCAAAGGCGGCCGCCCUCCCGCCGGAGCCGCCGGCAGGAGAGGCGGGUACAAUCCAGGUGGUGGUGCGGCUGCCAGAUGGCGCGCGGUUCGGGCGGCGCUUCCGGCUGUCAGACCCCCUGAGCGCCGCGUUUGAUUUCAUCGACCUGCGCAGCUGCGGCGACGGCGGCAGCGACAGCGGCGGCGGCGGUGCGGCCGAGCCCCGCGAGGGCGCGCGGCGUCCCGGCAGCUACCGGCUGGUGACCCAGUUUCCGCGGCGCGUGUACGAGGAGGCGCAGGGCAGCAGCAGCUUUGGUGAUGCCGGCAUCACGACAGACACCGCGCUCUUCCUGGAGGCGCUGUGA